AUGACUAAUGUGUCCCUCCAGGAUCCACAUCUCCACAGACUGUCCAGUGGGAUUGGACAGAUGUUACCCUCCCGACCAGUGCAGUCCACCUUUGACCCCUCUGCAUCCAAACAUGUGUGCUUCUUCAGAAGCGGCGAUCAUAAAUUCAGUGGGCAUCAAAUGGUCAUAAAUUCCCGAAACUUUAAGACAUUUGAUGCCCUGCUGGAUGCUUUGUCUGAGAAAGUGCCUUUACCUUUUGGAGUGAGGACCAUCUCCACACCCCGGGGCACCCAUUUUGUCAAGGAAUUAGAUGACUUACAUGAUGGUAGUUCAUAUGUGUGUUCGGAUCAGAAACAGGUCAAACCAAUAAACCUAGAUAAAAUCAACCGGCAACAGGUACCAUGGAAUGCCGUGCAACCUCUCAGCGGAAAGAGACAAAGGGGACAACCACUGGGUCAGUCUGGCAGAAGGACUGAUGCCACCAACAGACAAGCAAAAGACAAUGAGAGAAUCGCAAUACGGACACCAAAGAAAUUGUUGGUCAUCAAGAACAGGGAUCCUGCUACCAAAUGUACAGUUGUGUUGCAGAAAAAAAAUACACCCACAUUUGAUGCCUUGCUAGAUCACCUUUCCCAAAUUCUACAAUUUCCAGUACUGAAACUCUAUUCUACAGAUGGCAGAAGAGUUGAUGGUCUUGCUGCACUUAUCCUUUGCUGUGGAAUCAUUGUUGCAGCGGGCAAUGAGCCCUUUCGAUCAGAAAUCUACAGCAUUAAUAAAACAAGUCACACACCAUACAUGGAUGCUACAGAAUCACCAUUACUGCAGGCUCGAGCUCAGAUCAACAAUAAAUCUUUCUUCAAUGGAAGAGCCUCAAGAAAAUUUUCUUCCUCAUCAGAGUGGUAUAUUGUCGACCAGAUAAAUAAGUCUCAAAAUGGGCACCAUCACAGUGGAACAACUGAGAUGAAUGUCAACCAACAUCAGAGGUCUGUAGACACUGAGACAUGUCAAAGUGCAAAGACAGACGGCGAUCGUCAUGCCUACGCUGUGCCUCGAGAUGAUGACAUUGAAAAGUCCUUCCAAAUUAAUCAAGACGGUAGCAUGACGGUGGAAAUGAAGGUACACCUGACUAUUAAGGAGGAAGAGAUUCUCCACUGGACCACCAUGCUGAGCCGCUCCAACCUUAUUCAAAAGGCUGUUUGUGUCGCUGUUUCUGAGUCUAGACGAUGCUCACCUGACUCAAACAAUGCCAUUGCCAAAGACUCUUCAGACGUUAGUGAAGUUGAAACCAAAGAAGAAAACCAACCUUCUGCAAGGAGAAGGGGUGUGGGUUUUAAUGAUGAGGGAGUGUAUGACAGUUACACUUCUACAACUUUAACAAAAACAACUUUCAAUCGCACUCCUACACCAGGCCCAAGACGUGUCAAAAAAACCACAUCUGUUGAAAGUUUUCAAGUGCUCACUGAUUUAGGGGUUCAAGAAAGCAUUCUGGGCCAGUAUUCCUUCACAGAGAGGACAGCUGAUGGAGAUACAACAGAGGGAUAUUGUGUGAUCAGACAGAGCAGCAGCAGCAGCAAAGAAACAUCUCCAAAUCUUCAGAAAAUAGCAUCCGCUGGACCGAACAACUCCUCCAACAGCUCAUCAGGCGUGGCCAAUGUCCUUCAGAUACAAAAUAAUGGUGUAGAGGUUACAAACACUGUCACACAUGUUUAUGAGAGUCAAGGUUGCUAUGGCAGCUAUUUUGCAAAUGAUGAAUAUAGCACAGAUGGAAUACCUUCAUAUGGUUGUGGCCCAAACGCCGAGAUGAAAGUGUACCCAAAUGACUCAGGACAACUGUCACCAACCAACGGAUGUGAUCUUGAUUGUACCUGGCGGUCACCAACUCCUUGCCAGCAUGAACAACAAGACAAAGUAUUAUCGUCGUUACCACAGCCAACAUCUCCAACUCAGGAGAUGACCAACAAUCUAUCUAAAGAGUCCGCAGCAGUCUCUCAAACUCAUUCCUCGUACAAAGUGGUAGAUACAGUCAAAAAGAGCUACACCAGGAAAGUUGAGAAGGAAAAGGUGAUCAAAACUAAACAGAAAAAUUUAAUGUCAACAAGCAGCUUGGAUAACAAACUAAAUAAAAAUAUAAAAAGCAAAUAUGCAUCUAUGAACAAAUUUGGUAAUGUGCAUGUGGGAAAACAGAAUUCAUCCAGAAGUGCCAAAAAUGUCCAGGAGAAAAAGGCAGUAGAAAAGCUUGAUUGGAUGGGACAAACAUCAUUAAACACUAAAAAUAUGAAAAAGACGCUCACCAAGAAGCGACUAAACACAAAUUCAAGCAUUCCCAGUGGCAAUGGGCAUAACCUCAAUACCCCAGAGAUGGCAGUUGGAAGACCAUUAAUUAAGAAAAACAUGCCGGAUAUUUUACUACUCCAAAAGUCACUUCUUACCAAGGACAAAUCCAGCGCUAAAAAAAGAACGACAUCAUCUAUGCAGUCUUCAGAGUUGACAGAGAGUGUUUCUAUGAAUGCUUCUUCCUGCGAUAGCCAACAUUACAUUGAAAAUGUGUUGGAGAAGGUCAACCCAGACUUAGUGCCGUACAAGGAGAAGGUUGGUGCAGACAAAUCAGAACCUCGUACAAACGUUGUCUUUCAGAUAGGAGAUGAUUCUGAAUCUGAGGAGAAGAACAAAUGCCAAAUUAAUCCAGAUGACUGGCCACUACAAUACGAUAAGGUACAACAUUGUGCUUCUUGUUGGCCAGUUUGCAGUGAAGGGCCAGAGACAGCUGUGCCACACAAUGAUCAGAAAGAAAGCAACAAUUUGAGCUGCAGAGCAAAGAUUAAAGAUGUCGUGCAAAAAAUUUGCUCAUCAAUUCAAUGCAUCAGAAGGACAUCUGAGCAGAAGAAAACAUGCAACCUUGAGAUGUCCAGCAGCCGUCCUGAUUUUGCAUCACAGGUGGCAUCAGUGUUCAGCUCGUCCUCCAAAGCAUUCACGACAUUCUUAUCAGUUGUAGCUUUGCAAGACUGCUUAGAAGUCUUCACACGAGGAGGCGGCAGUGGUGCUGGAAGCACCUCUGAGGCUUUGCUGCUGCUGGAAUGCUUGCAGAAGAUCUCAACUAUUGAGGAUGAAGAUGAGCAGAGUGCAAAGUUGACACUUUUGCAAAGCAAAUCAUCUUCUGAGCUCAAUGCACGCUGGAAGAAUUACCAGAUACUGAGAGAAAGUCUUGACUUGAGCUCUCUUUCUUCCAAAAUGUUCCAGGAUGUUCUCUCAGAAAGAGGAGGUGCAUUUCAGCAUCAGUGUUUGGUCAUUGAUGAGGUUAUGGAGGAGUCAAGUAUGCCAAAAGACCUCAGAGCAGAAAUUUGGUCCACAUUACAAUUUCAGUUUAUUAGUGAUGUAGAACAUGUAGAGCACAAACAAGUCCUCCCAGAGGAGGAUUUGCAACAGCUUGGUAAAAAAUGCAGUGAUGAAACAGAACACUGGCCUGAGAGUGAGUCUGAAGAUGUCUACUCACAUACCCGAGAAAGUUAUGGUGUAUAUAAGAGGCAUCACAUGCAUUCAGAACAUGCUCAGAUCAUGGAACCAGAGUUUCAAAAAACAGAGCUCAACGUGAAGGAAUCAGAAGAUUCACAGCAUUUAGAAGGCAAGGAAAGAGAGGAUGACGGAGGAGAUGAUGCGCUUAGGCAAGUUAGUACAGAAAAGGAACAAGCAGAAGAGGUUGAGGAGGAUGUGACGAGCCUGAAGGAAAGUGUGGAUGGAGAUACAACACUGAUGGGCAAUGACAGUAAAGAAAAUGAAACAAGUGAAAGAGAGGAAGGCAAGGAAGAGAAGGCGAGGAAGAAUGACGAGGAAAAGCAUGAUGAAGAAAUGAAAUGGGAAAAAGAGAACAGAGAAGAUGGAGGUCAGAAGACAGAGGAUGAGAAGAUAAAUUUAGACAAGAAGAGCUAUGCUAAAGAGAGUGACGAGGAAGAUGCUAGGAAAGAGGAAGAAAAGGACAGGGAAGGGAGCAUCGAGGAAACUGGUAAGAACUAUAAUGUGGAAGAAGGAUACAUCUAUGAAGUGGAGGAGGAAGGAGCAGAUGAAGAAAUGGAGGAGGUUACUAAAGAGAGUGGUGAUGGUGAGGAAGAGGAAGUUGUGGUUGUAAAGGAUAAGAUGGCAGUUGGAGAGAAUGAAAAGGGAGAAAAAUUUAGAGAGGCUGAAGACUACAGGAAUGUGGUGAAGGAAAAGGAAAACUGUCUGGGGGAAGAAAAGAUAGAAGAGGGUUGGAUUUUAUCAAAAAAUAUAAGUAAAGUGUUAACCAUCAGAUCUGAGGAAAAUCAAGAAUCAAUGGCAGAUACUGGGAGAAGGAUACUACACUCUGAUUCUUCAAACACGUAUUGCCUUGAGGAUCCAUGCGAGGACAACAAAACUACCGAGACAGAUGAGGGAGGAGAACUGGAGGUAAGGCGCAACCUUCCUCAUGCUGUGGAAAUAUCACAGGAAUUACUUGACUUUGUUAACUCCGUCCUGCAGUCGUCUUCUCUUGUGUUUACAUGUGAUGCUUGGGGAAACAUGAGGAUUGAAAGUGUUCCAAAGCGAUGUGCAAUUCCUAAAAGCAGAGAGGAUAGUUUAUAUGGCCUGAAAUGCCUCAAGAGUCCCAGUACCUCAGAUUUAUCUGAUUACAGGCCAGAAACAUCUGACAGCAGUGGUUCCAACCCUCAAGAAUCUGUGGAUAUUUCCACAGAAAGUGGAGAAGAAACCUCACCGAGACAUUCUUCAGAAUCCAAGCGAUCAGUGUGCAUGACUAAUGGGGGAAUAAAUGUUGAAAUGGCUCAAAUUAAAGAGUCUGCUACAUGUAACUCAGAACUCUGGCAAAGGUUCCAAUUAAAAAGUGAGAACAGCUUCUCUUCAUUUGACUCUGAAUUCUCAAGGGAACACCUGUCUGGUUUCUCUUCUGAGACUUCAUUAAAGCCAGAUGUCGAACCUGUCACAGAGGCCGUACAGUGCAGUUAUUUCUCCCCACAGAAAGACUCAGAUGGUGGCGUGUUGAUUGACAAAGGUAGAUGGCUACUCAAGGAAAAUCAUCUCAUUAGAAAAUCCCCUCCGGUCUCCAUGGGAAUGUAUGGUCAUUUGGACAGUGUAUCUGUCGACACAGGUCAGGACAACACGAGCGAGGAUUAUCCAUAUCAUUACAUCGCCCAUCACAACCCUUUUGAAACUGUUUCCUCUUCAGAGCUUGAGGAAAUUGCUCGACCUCAAACUCCCAAGUGCACCUACUACAAUAUGCCCCAUGGAAGCGAUUCGGACCCUUUCCUGGAUGACAUCAGUGACAGAAUAGAUGUCAACAGUGCAAAAGGUCAAGGAUUCCGAGUAUCACCUGCUAGUGAUGCUUCCAAAACUUGGGCAAGAAAGACCAACAGUCUUUCAUCAUUUGCAUCAGUUGAUUUCAAACUGCCAGACAGAAAAGUGCACCCUGAGGGUGAAUCCUCAGCGAUGGCACAAGCAAGCAGGCUACCUGGUGCUGAAGAGAGGGUACUGCAAGUGCAAGAUUCUGUGGAUGGAGCGUACUGGAGAUGUGGUCAGUACUGUUCAAUUCUUUAACUGAAGGCUAUGUAAUUUACAAAAGCCUUCGCUUCUAAUAAUUUUUGUACAAUUUGUAUUGCCAGUGAUCAUUUUGGAAUAUUAUUUUUUG